UGCUGAGCUCCAGCUAUAACAACAUUUCAAACACCUCCUUUGAAGUUAACAUUACAUUUGUCAUCAGUAACAUCAACAAUCCAGAGAACCCUGAGCUGAGGAACAAUGCCUAUGUCCAAGCAAAGACCAUCGUCAAUAACGCUGUAAACACACUUCUAACUGGAACUAAUGUAGUAACAUUUGCACCCAAUACCUCAAGCUUCAUGACCUCAGGAAGUCAAAUUAUUGGUUAUAUGGUAUAUAAUAUGAAUAACAUCCAGGAUAAAGGGACUGGAAACGAUACUGACACAUCUCCAACACCUUCUCCAACUACUCCUCAGGAGGAGACGUCUUCAGAAUCUGCAACUACAAUCGAUGGAUCAGUUUCGUUCUAUGUAGAGUUGGUGUUCAGCAACUCUAGCACUGUUCCUAGUGAGUGUUCGGUCCUCAGGGACAUUGAAGCUCUGCUGCAAUCUGCUCCCACAAACCCCACUGACUCAGUCACAGUGAUAUUUUACACCUAUGGAGAGAUUUCGAACACCUCCUUCACUGUAAAAAUUAUAUUCAGCAUCAAUAACAUCAGUAUGCCGAAGAACCCUGACCUCAGGAAUGACACCUACAUUCAUUUGGAGAGCAUCAUCAAUAAAACUGUAAACACACUUCUAAAUGAUUCUGGUGCACCUUCAGUGGAAUCUACUACCUACAACUUUAUGAGUUCAGGGGAUCAAGUUACUGGUCACAUUAUAUACAGUUUAGAAGGCUGCCUCCAUCAGCCUGAGAACGACACAUCUCCAACACUUACUCCAACUACUACGCUGGUACAGACUUCUCCAGGAUCUCCAACCACAAUCGAUGGAUCAGCUGUGGUCAACGUCAGGAUGGUGUUCCACAACUCCAUUUCUGUUCCUAGUGAGGAUGUCGUCCUGAGUGAUUUCAAAGCCAUGCUGAACUCCACACUCUCAAAAUUCCCCAACUCUGUAACAGUGCAGAACGUCACCUACGAACCGAUUUCAAACACCUCCUUCGUAGUUCUCGUUACAUUCAGCAUCAGUAGCAUCAGCAUGCCGGAGGAUCCUGCCCUGAGGAACGACACCUACACCCAAGUAAAGGUCCUCAUCAAUGACACUGUAAACACAGUUCUAAAUAAUUCUGGGACGCAGCGUCCAGUGGAACUCACUUCCUACAACUUCAAGAGUUUAGGGGAUCAAGUUACUGGUUACAUGGAAUACAGUUUACAAAGCCUCCUCAGUCAGCCUGAAAACGACACAUCUCCAACACUUACUCCAACUACUACUCUGGUACAGACUUCUCCACGAUCUCCAACCAUAAUCGAUGGAUCAGCUGUGGUCUACGUCAGGAUGGUGUUCGAAAACUACACUUCUGUUCCCAGUUCUUUUGCAGAUAUAAAGAACUUGAAUAAUUCUGUAAACUUCUCUGAUUCUCUAACAGUGCUGAGCUCCAGCUAUAACAACAUUUCAAACACCUCCUUUGAAGUUAACAUUACAUUUGUCAUCAGUAACAUCAACAAUCCAGAGAACCCUGAGCUGAGGAACAAUGCCUAUGUCCAAGCAAAGACCAUCGUCAAUAACGCUGUAAACACACUUCUAACUGGAACUAAUGUAGUAACAUUUGCACCCAAUACCUCAAGCUUCAUGACCUCAGGAAGUCAAAUUAUUGGUUAUAUGGUAUAUAAUAUGAAUAACAUCCAGGAUAAAGGGACUGGAAACGAUACUGAAACCACUACAGUAUUACCCACCAUCAAAAAUGGAAUUGUACUCAUUAACAUUUCCAUUAUAUUUGAGAACAUGACGAUUGUACCUUCUGAGGCUGCAGUUCUUAAAGCAGCUAAUGAAAAGCUGGUAACAAAGAUCAGAACUAAACGUGGGACACAGAAACUAGAUUCACCUGUCCAGAUAAGCCUUCAGUUUAAUAAAACUGGCAGCAACUCAUUCCGUUUGGACAUGGAAUUCAAGAUAUUUAACGUCUCCCUACCUGUUCAGUGUAAUGAAACAAACAUUAAUUCCACCUAUGAAUUAAUACAACAAUCAAUCAACAGCCUGAUGAAUUCAUUAAUGACAGCACAACAGACCCCACUGUUUUCUUUCCCACGAGCUAAUUACACCUGUGAUGGUACUGCAUUAAUUAUUACUGCAAAUGAAGUAUAUCGUUAUAAAGAAGGUGACUUUGGGUCAGGAAGUGCCUUUCUUGUUGAAAUACUCCGACAAAGUGGUAUGGUUUACUAUAUAUAUCCUGCUCUUGACAAAAUUCCUCCCAACCCAAAACCUGGAAACAGCAGCUACACAGGGGUUGCAUGGAUCUUGGGAUUCAUUAUCCCCUGUGCUAUAGUGCUCAUUCUACUGCCAUUUUGGAUUCUACUCUGUUGUAUUCUUUGUGGAUGCUGUGCAGGAAUUAGGAGACGCUGGCGCAGGAGACAGUCAUACAAUGUUCAAUAUCAAACUCACAACAGCCUCUUCUAAAGCUCAACAUUCACUACAUUCUCAUCUGGCAUGAUGCAUAUAGAGCCUUAAUGUCAGGUUACACUAUUCCAUAGAAUAUAGAAAUAAAUGAGUAAAUAUUCAAUCUCUAAAUAUGAUAAUUCUAUUAAGUAUAUAACCAAUAAUGCCUUCUACCAUGUAUGAAAUCCUGUACCUGUAUUGCUGGGAUUAUACAGGAUGAAAUUAAUGAAAUACAACAUAUUUUGAGAAAAUGCAAUGUGACAAGAGAUUAAUUUAUUUUCGAGUAUAUUUUAAGUUAAUUUAUUAAAUUAUUACUUUAAAUAAUUAGAACUUCACAUUUCAUUUUAAAUUAAGGGAUGUUAUUUCUUUAUAACUGUAUUUAUUUACUUUGUUUACAUAUGCACUUUAUUAACAGGUAACCACUGGCAUAUGUUCUAUUGUCUACUACUUAUUAUUCUAUGUAAUAUUAACACCUUCAAAUAACUCUUCACCUUGUGCUAUUAAAUUCAUUAUUUAUCAAAUGCAUUCAUUUUCUUCUAAACUGACCUGUUCAAAUUUUAAAUUAAAAUUCCAAGCUAAUAAACACUCA